CAUAAACAAAAACGAAAUAAACACUUGUAAAGUUAAAAAUUCUGUAGAGUGGCUCGACGCCCUUUUUAUAUCAAGUAAUUUAUUUAAGUUUACCUGAUUAAAUUUAUUAAUGAUUUUAAUAUAAAUUGCAAUUUAAUAAAGAAAGCUAAAGGCAAUUUGAAAAAAUAAUAAAAGCAAUUUCAAUAUCAAUAUGAGUUUGAGAACUGACAAACAAUAAUCAAACAAACAUUGAUUUUGAUUCAUUGAAUUGAAAUGAAUUGUAACAAAUAGUUGUCGUUCAAUCUUCAUUGUGAGUUUCUUUUAUGUUCAAUCUUGAUGGUGCCAUUACAUGAUUGCUCAUUACUCAUUUACCGCCAUUACUACUGUACCAUAUCUGCUAUGGCAUCUGAGUGGCAUAAAUACACAUCUUAACUUUGUAAUCUAUGUUCUAGUGGGCCUAUUUUUAAGACCAAAAAAUAAAAAGCCUCUAUGGCUAUGAAUACUAUACUAUGAUAAUGAAUAAUCAGCCAGUAUUAACCUAACCUAGUAUCAUAUGAGCGGGUGUGUAAGUGUAUGUUGAGUAAAUACAGAGAACGCGGCUCGCGGUUAUUUCCAUGCGCGCACUUUUACGUCUUAAAUCGAUCCCUAUGCUUAACCCGAACCCUAAAUCUAUCCCUAUGCCUAACCUGAACCCUAAAUCUAUCCCUAAGCCUAACCCGAACCCUAAAUCAAUCCCUAUGCCUAACCUUAACAAAGUCAACGUGGGCCGCUAAAUCUGAAACAGCAGUAGUAUGUUGUAUUUAUUGGCCCUUUUCAUAGGACUUAUGCCUAGUUAGAUGACUAAGUAGUAGGCAUAUCAAUUUUAACUUAUUUAAAAUUAUUAGCCUUCAAUGACGUUAUUAUAGUUAAUCAUGUGAUUAUUAAUGUAAUAGUGCAGGGGUUCUCAAACUUAUUUGGACUAUCUCAGUCUUGUGCCAUGAACUCAUCCCAUGCACAAUCCUAAUCCUGUCCAGGAUAUUUAGAACAGUAUUUUGUAUGACCUAAUGUCACUAAUGUAAUUUUUUUAGUCAGAGCCGACAAAUUUAAAAAAAAAGAUUUCUGCAUACAAUGAAUGUAUGUGAAAAUCUUUGUGGGUUCCUCUUCAAGGUGCCUCUAAAAGGGUUGCCUGUUAUUAUUGCGUUGCUAAGUAUAGGUCAACAUGCAUAGUGGUUGGCAGCGGCUUGUACUGUGUAAAAAAUUUCAUAUAUCUUUCUUAGUGUUUCUGAAAAAAAUUCUGACUAGUUUCUUUCCAUGACUCUUUUGCAAUGCCAGCAAUCAACAUGUUGUUUUGACUUUAACAAAAAAUUAUCAUCAUUCAGAUCCAGUGGGAACGUGCCCAUUGGCCUGCAACCAUGGUAUAGAAUUUAUAGACUCCCCGCAGCUGCUCUUUAUUUGAAUUAGGGUGUUGGUGCAGUCUGGUAGUUAGUUUAGGCAUAAGUUCUGAAGUGCUGGGCAGUGGAAGAGGUGAUGUGUUACUGCCUCAUUAAGAUUUCUGCAGAGGGGUCCAAUUAGUGUUAUAUCUGGUUUUAUGCGUCAAGAUGGGAAUUAAGCUGUAUGUGUCCUGUACACAGACGAAAGAUUAUUACCUGUUAGUGUCUCUGGAGGCAUUUCAUUGAAUCUUUGGGGUUGGGACUGGGCAUGUGUGUGAUAACACAUCUUCCUGCUGAGCCCAUAGCACAUCCAUUUAACCACUCUUUUUUUUAGUUGUUAGCUUUGAUAAUCUGCUUGGCAGUGUUGAGUGAUGUAUGUUUGGCUGUUUAUUGUAGUCUCCCUUUGUUUAUAGUUUGUCUGCUCUUUCAUUUCCUAGUACCAGUAAAUUGUGGUGUACUGGCAUCCAUUGUGAGAUUAUCUUUACUGCUUAGGUUGGAAGAAAGUGUUUGUUUUCAGUAGUAGUGAUUUAAUUGAUGUUGUUGCAAGAUCUUGAUGCUCGGCCGCCUGAAGUAUUUAUAUGCAGUCAGAGAAGAUAACAACGUUUCUUUGUUUGCUGGAAUAAACUGUGAAGAAUCCAGAUAGGUGUCAUGACGCUGCUUCAACCGCAGUCACUUCUGCUUUAUAAUUACAGAAGAUCACCCCCUAGGGGUUGUCGAGUUUGUCACAUAAUCAUUCUGGGUACUCCGAUUUUUUUGAAGUGUUUAAAUAUACUUUGCCUACAACACCUUACAUGAUUCUAUCACCCUCUAAACCAAGUGAGCAUUUUACUGUCAUCCUACUACCACCCAUUUUAAGAACCACUGUUCUAGAACAUAUAUUCAUGCUGGAAAGGGUCAGGGGGCGAAUCUUAAUCACAAAGAAUUUUAAAAAUGUUAACUGUAAAAAAAUACAAUUUGUUUAAAAAUUGCUUAAAAAAUUAAAACAAAUAAAGGAAUUUAACUCUAAUAGGAUAACCAUGAAAUAAUUAGUAGGCCUCCUUAUGAUGCCUCACAAGGAAAAUAACAUAAAACAAUGGAAAUAUGUGACACACAGUUGUUCUAUAUUAGAGCUUGAGAUACCCGUUCAGACUUAAUGGUCUAUUUUGUAUAUAUAUAAUUUAUUAUUUAUUUUAUUGUUGGUCCUUAAAGGCUGAUUGAGUAGCCUUGACUUGAGCUGCAUUGUGUAUAAAGUGAGGGAGAGUUGCUCAAUUUGUCAGCCCUGCACUCUUUGACGUUGCCUAUUUGUUCCAAUGGCAAGACUUAGUCAAGACGACUGGAAAUCGACCAGGAUGCAGUGGAUGACCAGCAGUGUUUCUUGUGUCUCAAUGUCAUCCACAAUGCAUAUCACGUGGCAGGAGUUGUCAGGAUUUUCAUUGUGUUAACGUCUUAGCGCCUAAGGGACUCAAUCUCAGGGUUCAAUUUCAGUUUCCCUCUCUUAGAUGAGUGGUCACCCAAGGUUAACAGGUGCCAUCCACCUGGGAUGCUGGUGUUGCUUUUGCCUGUAAACCACUCGGCCACCCAGCACCUCUAUUUUGUAUAGGUGAGACAAAGUAGGGCGUUGAAAUGUUUUUAGGUAAAGUCCAUUUUGUGUUCAAUCACCUGAUCCACAGAUAAAUAGUUAUAAGCCUUUAAAUGUUUAAAUAUUUUUUUCUAGGCUCACAUCUGAAGACAAAAAAAGAAAAUGUUCCAGAGCAUGAUCUUUGUGGCUAUCCCAGCUCUUGUGGGAUUAACAGCUGCGUUUUAUGUCUUAUAUAAAAUUGCAAAGGAGGAGCAAGGUCCAAUUCCACAAAGAGCUCCACAGAGAGAGCCCAGGACAGUGAAUCCUCCAGGUAUGUUAGAAAAUAUAAAUAUAAACCCACGCAGUCAACUGUUUGCGAAGGUUUGAAGUCUCUUCCAAUGUCUCGUUGCCGAAGGCCAUCUCUCUGAAACCAUAAAAAAGAACAAGCCAAACAUUCUAAUUAUUCAUUUUGCCUAGAACUCCAAAUAUCUUUAGGUAAAUCAAAAUCCCAUCCUACCUUCUGCAUUCUUUGCACAAUAUCUGCCUGAUAUUGAUAUCCACCAUUCCUACUAACCAUACUUACGAUAUCUCCCCCAUCCCUUCUAACCUUAUCGAUGCAGCCCUCAUCAUACUAGUAAUCUUUCCCUCCCAUUUAUUUUACCGUAUUUAAAAUUUCUUGUCAAUCCAGUUUUUUUUUUUUUUAUUUAACCUUCUGCUUCCUUAACUCAAUAGGCCUUUAGUUUUCUGGAAACUAUUUAUCAAACGAUGCAGCCCUCAUCAUACUAGUAAUCUUUCCCUCCCAUUUAUUUUACCGUAUUUAAAAUUUCUUGUCAAUCCAGUUUUUUUUUUUUUUAUUGAACCUGCUGCUUCCGUAACUCAAUAGGCCUGUAGUUUUCUGGAAACUAUUUAUCAAAUAAGAUUGUCUCUCUGUUCUGUCUGCUGUCCAAGGCUUCUUAACUGAUACAUCCACUGUUUCGUGUUGGCUUUCCUUUGGGUUUUUCCCUUCCUUGUGCAUCUUUCAUAUAAAAUAUAGAGGAACUUUUAUUGUAUCAUUAAGUAUCACUGGAAGUGACGUCAAUGUGGGAUUUCUCUAGAUAUUAUUUUAUUGUCACCAAUUAAACUGACGCAAACUGAAUAGUCACUUCUAUCGAUUUUCAUGUGACCCAUUACAACAUGCCUGGGCUCUUCCCAGAAUUCUGAGGUCUGCCAAAAUUAAAAAAAUUUGAGGGAAAAAAAUUAACACCCUGGAGGCACUUGGCCAAAAAACAUUAUUACAAUAAGCACAUAGUAGUAGUAGGCAAGACUUGUCUAAAACACGUAGCAGGCAAGCCAUGUCCCUUUAAUAUUAAAAUUAUUUAUUAUAAAAACUGUGCAGGGUGUGACACAUGUCACACUUAUCAUACCUAUCACACUUAUCAUACCUGUCACACUUAUCACACCUGUCACACCAGUCACACUUAUCAUACCUGUCACACUUAUCACACCUGUCACACUUAUCACUCCUAUCAUACAUGUCACACUUAUCACAUGUAUCAAACCUGACACCUAUCACGCCUGUUACACUUAUCACACCUGUCACACUUAUCACCCCUGUCACUUAUCACACCUUUCACUUAUCACACUGUCACUUAUCACACCUGUCACUUAUCACACCUGUCACACUUAUCACAAUUAUGAUACCUGUCACACUUAUCACACCUGUCAAACUUAUCACACCUGUCACACUUAUCACACCUGACACACUUAUCACACCUGUCACACCUAUCACACCCAUGACACUUAUCACACCCGUCAAACUUAUCACACCUGUCACACUUAUCACACCUGACACACUUAUCACACCUGUCACACUUAUCACACCCAUGACACUUAUCACACCCGUCAAACUUAUCGCACCUGUCACACCUGUGUUCCUGGGCAUUGUGGGUUGAAGCUCCGUGUAGAUAUCUUUCAUAAAAUGUAUUUUGUAAUUUUUUGAGGAAUUAAAAAUAUGCAGACUGUAAGUAUUUUUUUGUUUUGUUUCGGCGUUAAAUUAUUUGCAGAAAUUGAUUCUUUUUCUGACAGGUGUAAGAAGACGUGAUAAUGUUCGACAGAGAAAUCGUGUACCGGGACCAAUAAGUGGCCCGUGUGCCAUAUGCUUUGAAGACAAAUCCCAUGUUGAGUUGUACCCCUGCAUGCACAAGAAUAUCUGUGAGAACUGCACCAUCAAAAUUAUACAACAGCGCAAUAGACCCUGUCCGUUUUGCCGUGUCAGUAUUCAAGGAUACACCUAAAUGAGUUGCGCAAAACUCAACAACUUGAGUAGGUGUGCAGUGAAUCAUAUGAUUAUGCAGUUUUCAAAAUAUUUUUUGCUUUGAUGAUACAUGUUGCGAAUCGUCAUCAUUGAAUUCCAAUGAUGAACUUUUGGCGGAAAAUUGGUCUUUCAUUUCAAAUGUUUAUUUAUAAAUUUUGUAGUAUAAAAUGUUAAUAUUAUUUUAAGUUUCAUUUAUUUGUAAAAAAAAAAAACUGAACGCAAAAUCUCAAUGUGACACGUUGAUAUGGUGAUGGAAUAUUUUGAAUUUUUUUUUAAUUCAUUCAUUCAUUCAUGAUUUUGACUUAAAGAAUUUUAGUUUCAGAUUUGUUGGUGUCAUGUUCCCUGGUUAUUUCUUGAACUCAGUGUUGAUUACAAGUGGGAUAAUUGAGUGUUCUGAAUGUUUGUGUCUUAUAUUUUAAUAACUUUUUUUUGCUUGCAAAGUUGUGUUUUGUUCCAGGACUUAAUAUUUCAAAAGCUUAAUGGGUUUGGACACUUUUUAUAUUAAUGUUUAAAAUCCCAUGUGUUCUCACUUCUUGGGCUUUGCAGUAAAAAGAAGAAAACUCAUAAAACAUUUCAAAGAGACUAUUCUUCUUGAGAACUACUCAUAUGUGUAGGAAAAUAUAAUCUCCAUUUGUGCCAAAUUUCUCAGUCGCUGAAGAAUUACGAAGAAAAACCUUGAUCUUUUUGAUGUUACAAAUUCUUCAUUACUGCUGAAUGCUCAAAAUUUUUGAGUUUGGCCUAUAUGGAGUUUAACACUGGGCCUGCUUUGCAUGUCUAAAUUAUUUAAGUUGAUUGAAAGAAUGACGGAAUUUUGAAAAUGUAGUGCAGUAUACUAUAAUCCUAAUUAAAGUAAUAUAUGUGUCUCCUUUGAUUAUACAAAGUAUGAAAUUUGAAUAUAUAUUUGAAAACUACAUGUUUACCUCCUCUGAGAUUCCAUUCCAUAAGUAUUAGAUAUGUGUGUAAUAUUGUUAGUUUUAAAAGCUUCGCGUUUGAAAAUAAUAAGGGGAAAGCAUUACCUCAUUGAUACGAGUUUUUGAAAAACUCUCACAACCAAUUUGCUAAAUGUAAAACUACUUAUUUUUGUUUUGUUGGUCAAUCUUUUAUUUACAUCUUAAUAGGGGAGAGCUCCAAUUGCUAACACUUUUUAAGAAAGUCUUUAAAUACAUUUUUUUCUGCUAAAAAAAAUUAAAAAUAUAUGCUAAAAAAACAGUUUGAUCUGAGACACUCUAUAUAUACUGCAUAACAAAAUUUUGUACUGAAUUUUAUAGAUAAUGAAAUUUAAUUAAUUUAUCCUCCAUAAAAACUGAUGAUGGACAUUAUUUUGCAAUGUGUCCCCUGUUCUUUUAACAUUUAAAAAAAAAAAUCCAUAACAAAGGAUAUAAAUGCUUCAAUGACCUCCACAGGUUGCAGAUAGGACUAAACUGCUGAACUGGGACUAAAUAAUUAUAUAACUGUGUGAAAAUUAUACUUAAGUCUUGUCUUAAUGAACUAUAAUAAAAGCAUGUAGAAGUUUGGUUAUGAGUGUGAAAUCUUUAAUUGUUACAUAAUGUGCCUUAAUUAAUUAAAAUAAAUAGGGGGGAGGGUAUAAAGAUUUUCUUAAAAGCAUGGACCUAAAAAAUGAUGAUAGGAAACCACAGAUGUAGAUAAAAUGUAAUAGGUAUCUGUUGUUGCUAGAAUCUUUUAAAUAAUAGUUUUAAAAAACAGUAUUUGCAUGUUUCAUAUGUUAAAGUCGUGUAUAUAAUUAUGUGUUAGGCGCUUUAAACAAAUCUAAAAAUAAAUUGUAAAAAAAAAGACCAAAAAUGUUUUCCCUAUGUCUUGCUGAACACAUUUUGUAACAAAAUACGAA